AUGAAGCUCGCCGCGGACGGCCUGGUGCUCUGCCUGGUCCUGCUCAGUGACUCUGCUGAGACCGUGGCUUUCUUUAUGGACACUGAUGCCAAGCCUGUGGCCCAGCCUGCAGCUGCCCUGGCCUCUGCUGUGGAGGCUGGGGCUGGGGCUGUGGGCAGCCCGGCCUUCAGCCGCUUCAGCUUCCUGAAGUUCAUCCUGGCCAGCCUGGGCAUCCCUGUGGAGCACCUCAUCGAGGGCUCCCGCAGGUGUGUGGCUGAGCUGGGCCCCAAGAGCGUGGGUGCCAUGAAGACGCUGCUGCUCGCACAGGACAAGGUGCUGCCCGUCCAGAGAUGGGAUCCCUGCUGCUGGGUCCUGAGCAGCUGCCCCUCCCCUGCCUCUUUAAUAAACGUGGCCACAGCAGCCUGGAGUAGUGUUUCUUGCCUGCAUGUUGCCGCCGUGGGGGGCUGA